AUAGCGACUUGUGGAUACACCAUUCUCCUCAUGGCUGUGUUCUGGAGCACGGAAGUCAUUCCUUUGGGCAUCACAUCGCUCAUUCCCAUAGUCCUCAUCCCAAUGUUUGGAAUCAUGACAACUGAAAAAGUGGCUUUGCAGUACAUGAAGGAUACGACCAUACUCUUUGUUGGCGGUUUAAUGGUAGCUAUCGCCAUUGAAGAAUGGAACCUCCACAAACGUAUUGCAUUGAAGGUGCUCUUGUAUGUUGGAGUCAGGCCGGCUUGGUUAAUAAUGGGACUGAUGGGGGUGACAGCAUUCCUCUCAAUGUGGAUCAGCAACACGGCCACCACUGCAAUGAUGGUCCCCAUCGCACAAGCCGUGUUGGAUCAGCUCAGUCUGAGCGAGGAUAGGUUUGACGAGACAAGUCAAGAGGAGCUGCAAACAAAACAAUCACUUAACCUGCUACCCGAUGAAAUACCAGUCUUGAAAAUGUUUCCAGGUAACAGUCAUAAAACAGCUUGCAAGACUUCAGACAAUGAAAAGGCAACCAGAGAGAGAAGGAAUCUCUACAAGCUGGUCACUCUGUGCAUCUGUUACUCCGCCAGCAUCGGUGGCACAGCGACCCUGACCGGCACAGGACCCAACCUGGUGUUGGAGGGACAGUUUAACCAGUUAUUCCCAGAAAAUGGGGGCGUAAUUACUUUUAGUUCGUGGUUUGUGUACGCUUUCCCCAACAUGCUGAUCAUGCUGUUUCUCUGCUGGAUAUGGCUGCAGAUAUAUUUUCUGGGAUUUAAUUUCAAAAUAUUGUGGGGCUGUGGAUCAGUGAAAACGUGGAAGGAGAUAGCAGCCUACCAGGUCAUCAAAGAGGAGUACAAGAAGUUGGGCAAGAUGUCCUUUGCUGAAAUCCUUGUUCUCAUCCUCUUCAUCUUCCUGGUGCUUCUGUGGUUCACUCGGAAUCCUGGAUUCAUGCCUGGCUGGGCUACAGUGAUCUUCGGCAAAAGCAAAAAAUAUAUUUCUGAUGGUACAACCGUAAUGUUCAUUGCGCUCCUCAUGUACAUUCUGCCAUCAAAGAGACCACGAUUGGAAAGCUUGUUUAAAGACAAAUCCAGCACUGAGCAGCACAUACAAGGUCCUUCAACACUGUUGGAUUGGGAAGUCGUACAACAUAAACUGCCGUGGAAUGUGAUGCUGUUAUUGGGAGGAGGCUUUGCCUUGGCAAAGAGCUGUGAGGCAUCAGGUCUGUCCAAAUGGUUGGGUAACCAGCUCAACCCACUGAAGACCAUCCCACACUGGGGCAUCGUGAUUAUAUUAUGCUUACUGAUAUCCAUCUUUACAGAAUUCACCAGCAACACUGCCACUGCCACUCUCUUCCUCCCCAUCCUGGCUUCACUGGCUGUAAAGCUUAAGAUCAACCCUCUGUAUGUAAUGAUUCCUUGCACUGUAACUGCUUCCUUUUCCUUCAUGUUGCCUGUAGCAACUCCUCCCAAUGCCAUAGUUUUCACCUAUGGGCACUUGACAGUCAUGGACAUGGUUAAGGCUGGGUUCGUUAUGAACCUGGUGGGAGUGGUUUGCGUUACUCUAUCCGUCAAUACCUGGGGUUGGAUGUUUUUCAAUAUGGACCAAUUUCCUGCCUGGGCAAACACUACAAAUUUAUGAUGUGGCAAGCUGCUCAGAAAGUCACGUCCAUACCUCGUAUCAAACAUUAUUUGAGGUUACUUAC